ACGAACUCUUUUUUUCAUAGAAGUGGUUCAACUUCAUGACAAAACAUUUGUCAAUAUUUAAAAGGAGAUAUGGCAGGUGAUAUUCUAUAUUUUUGUUCUUGUCAACAAAUCCUAAGAAAAGAUCAAAGCCAACAAUGCGUUAGUCUGUCUCUCAAUACUUUCUGACUUGCAAAGAGAGUUUAUGUCGACUUUGAAGUCUUAAUUACAGCUGAGAAACUCUUGACUUCCCUGAAAGCUACUAUAUGUCUAACUUGGCAUUUCAAUAUACGGAAGUGCCUGAAAGUUAAACUAAUAUGGAUGUCUCAUGUCAGCCAAAGUCUGUCAUCAAAGGUGAUUGAGCCAAAAUUUUAUAGUAUUAGUGUCAUGUUGUCGAUGACCAAAAGCCGUCUUGAAUUGUCUGGUAAUGAGAACGUUUGUUAAUCGUAAACAUGAGAAUCUUUCCCAUCUCUACCAUCCAUCCAUCCCAUACGAUGUGAACGCAGCAGCUUCUGUUGUCUUUGUUUGGGGUCAUUUCAAUAUGGAUAAUCUUUGUCAGGAUAAUAUCAAGCACAUCUCCUUCAGUGUGAACUCCACCUUCUGCUGUAGAUACAGAGGUCAGGUUGCAGAGAGUGAACUAGCAUUUGCACCCAGUGGCAUAUUCAACAGCCUUAUAGCCAAAAACAAUUUUUCAAUUAGUGAAUUUGACCUUUUUUUUUUUUUUUUUGAUCAUCGCAGACCAGGCAGGUUGGUAAACAUGAGCGUGCUGUAUGCAGUUUACUGACAUCACCUCACUGGAUUCAUUUGUACUGAAUUUUCAGCCAGCUUUAACACUUUCAGUUAAAAGUGGAGCCAUUUCUUUGCAAGUUUAAGGAGGAAUCUUAGCUGCAAUGUAAGUUUGUUAUUAAAGCAUUAAGCUGAUAUCCUCUGAUUACAAUCACAGCAGUAAUUCCAGGAGAGACCUUUUAAAGGUUUCCAAACAUUUUCAUUCUCUGCUCGAUGAAAGUCAGAGGUUUGUUUACCUUUUUAAAUUCAAGCUUUUUUUUUUUUUUUUUUUCCUGAGGCAACAAUUAGUUUUAAGUGUUUGGCCUGUGUGGAACCUGAUAGCAGCAGGCUUUCAUUAUAAUUAGCAGGCAUCCAGGCUUUGAAAAUGGAUAUUGGCACUUUCUACUUAAUGUCAGCUUCUCUGAUUGGAGUGACUUUCCAAAUUGCUCCUGAAAGGAGAAGUUCUUCAGAGGUUCGGCUCAGCCUUGAAGAGACGUAGCUGCCAUUUUUCUAUGUAGGUCUAAUUUUUAACAGGCAGAAAAGCUCUUGUCUUUAUUUGAUUCAUCUGUCUUAGUUUAUUGUUUUUUUUGUGGCAGAUAACAUUUACAAUUAUUUUAAAACAAUGGCACCAAAGUUGGCAUGAAGCUGGACAGGAAGUACAGAGCCAUUACAAUACAACACAACUGUGUACAGCAGAAUGUAAUAAAUGGGAAAUACACAAAUAUUUAAUAGUACAAUGAAGGCAGCUGUGGGAGACCUGGUUAGACCAUGUUUUAGGACUGCAACUAACAAUUAUUUUCAUAAUUGAUAAAUCUGCUGUUUUGUUAUGUUUUUCAGGCGAUAGAAUAAUAGUUUUGUUCACUAAAUAUUUGAUAGUAGUGAAGUUGUCAUCCACAAUUUCCCAGAGUCCAAGAUGACGUCUUAAAAUAUCUUGUUUUAUCUGACAAACAGUCUGAAACCCAAAUAUGUUGAAAGAUAUUUAGUUUAGAUUUAGUUUACUGUAGUGUCAAGACAAGGAAAAGCAGCAAAUUCUCACAUUUGAGAAACUGGAGAGAUUUUGCUUGAAAAAAUACUUAAAUUAUUUGUCCAUUGUGAACAUAGUUGCAGAUUAAAUUUUCUGUUUAUCAACUAAUAUUUGCAGCUGUAGACACUUUGAAAUUUAUUAGAACUACGAGUGGCUCCGUUGUUCAGUUCAUAUUUAAUUUUUAAGCCAAUUAUCUACAGAUUGAGUUUGAAUUUUGGUUGUUACUUGGAGAUAUCUGACAUCUUUCUGACAUCAUCCCCAUAGCCUUUGGAUGAACUCAAUCGUGAUCUUUCCUUCUAACAUUAUAAUUCGGUCAGACUUUUAUUAUUAUCAGUAAUAUGAGGUUGUCACAUUGGAUGUCACAUCUUGAACUGAAGUUAUAUUUCAGCUGUGUUCAUAGGAAAAUAGUGUUUAAUCUUUGGAGAUAACAUGUUGGCCAUGUUAUUGGCUUUUUUAUACAAUAAUUAUUGAUAAUAUCUUAAGAUAAUGAGAUAAUUUGGGUAAGUGGUGCUGAGAAGAAAACAGAAAUCUCAAGAUGAUGAAUAAAAUGUUUAAGUUGUGAUCUCAAGAUAACAGGUCACCCUUGUAUUCUGUAGGUAGCAGCUGAAAGUGAGCUUCAUGUACUGAUUGCUGUCAUGGAAAAGGAAGAUUAGCCAAAGGUCGUCUCUGAAUGCAUCUAUAGUCAGCUUGAGCUUGAGGCUGUGGACUCCUUAUCUCAAACUCUGAGGGGCUGUGUGGAGCAGGGAGGAGGGAACCAGCCUAAUCUCCAGCUGCAUGAAUCAUUCACUGAGCGGCUGAGAGAGCCAGGUGUUGAUUUGAAGCUGUGUGUGUGCUCAAAGGUCCCAGUCUUGAAAAAUGACUCAGUCAGUCCAAGUUAACCCAAAGCUGCCUGAUCUGGGCUCUCCAUUCCUCUACUCUAGUCAGGAAGAGGCUAACCAGCCAGCCUCCUACUCCGUCCAAACACCGUAUGGUUUCCAGCUUGAUCUGGACUUCCUCAAAUAUGUAGAAGAGAUAGAGAGUGGGCACAACCUUCGCCGUGCACCAGUGACAUCCCGCCGCUCUGGACGGGGGCACAAAAUCUCCCAGAGGAGCCCUAGUGUGGGGGGGCGCACCAGUGGCUGGACCUCCACAGAGUCUCUUGCAUCCCCGGCUAGUGAGGAUGGCAGAGCUCCUCCUCCACCGCCACCACGCAACCGCCUUGGGUCAGCACCCUGUGAAGGGCUCUCUCUUUCCCCUGUGACCCUCCUCAGUGUUCCUCCACUGUCUGCCGGAACCAAAGUGCCACCCCCUCCACCACAGCGCAACCCCAGAGUUGAGCGGACUCUUCUUGAAACCAGUCUGCGGUUACAGCAGGAGCAGAGCCACCAGCACCAGAAUGGUGGGCGAUUCCAGCUUGGAGAUCCUCCCAAGAAGCUCUUGACCUCUCCAUCACCUCAGCCACUGCAGAGUAGCUGGACUAAACCUAGUCCUCAGACCUCUGGGCGCAGCACUCCAGCUGCUGGCACCACAAUGACUCCAAUCCCACCCAGCCAGCUGCAGACAGUUAGAGAGCAGAUGGCUACAGCCUUGAAGCAGCUGAAGGAGAUGGAAGAACGGGUAAAGGGCGUUCCAGCACUUGAGAAAGAGGUGGCCAAACUUCGUGCAGAGAAAGACAUGCUCCUGUUGGCACUGCAGGAGAAGAAAGUAGCCAUGGAGGCGGCCCAGCAGCAGAAACCGUCUUCAGAGUCCUCCACCCAAACCACAGAGACCCUUCAAACCAACACCAGUAUCCAGAGUCGAUUAAGUUCACCAACCUCACCUGGUCACAAAGGCCUUGGAAAAUCUGGGGAGCUGAAAAAGCUGACUGAGAAAUUCGAGGGGAUGGAGGAGAAAGCUGCAGAACGUUCACCUAAAGUUUUAUUAAAAACUCCAGAGAAAGUUUCAGUUGUUGAGAAGAAAUCAGUGGCAGUUGGGGACGAUAUGCCAAUGGACUCUGUUGUUUUCUACCACAGACACGGUGUGAAAGAUGCUUCUGAGGGCACCACGGUGAAUGUUUCCGAGAAAGGCACAGGAACAGAAGCCACUCUGGUUCAUGACGAGGGAAUACAAGCCAGAGUGGAGACAGAGGAGGCUGCGGUUUGGGUUAUGGAAUCACUACUUGGGUUGACCUCCGAGACACAGCGGGAGAUGGACACCUUACAGGACACCAUUAAAUUCCAGCAGGAGUCAAUUGUGGCUCUAGAGGACCGGCUGAGUGUGGCCGACAAAGACUUGGGAAUUCUCAGAGCCCAGGUUGAAGAGAAAAUGUCCAAAGUCACAUUUGAAAAGGGUGUUCUCGCCAAACCAGUCAUGACAAAUGCCCAGGUAGAGACAUCGACUUCUGAGUUAAAGCAUGUUGCAGUCUUGUGCUGUCCCGAGGUGAGCGAUGCAAGUGUAGGUGAGGGCUUAACAGCAAAUCAGACUGAACAAGGCACUCAGACUGAUGCUGUAGUGACACCAGCAGAACCAGUUCCUGUUGCAGUGGUCAGCACUGGGUGCCAAUGGGAGAAUUUGUUUGAGGAAAAGACUGAGGAGCAGAAAGUUACAGUGCCAAAGAAGAGACAGUUGACCAUCGCUGACUACAAAGUCUCGCCAGAAGAAGUGGUCAGUAUGGCUGAGAAGAAAGAGGGAGACCAAGGAGACACGACUGCUACCAGCAAUACCAAGACAGGUAUGCUGAAAUCUAUCAUGAAGAGGAAGGAUGGGAGUAACUUGGGGGAAAAUCGCACUGCUGGCAAGAAGAGCCUUCAGUUUGUGGGCAUUCUAAAUGGAGGGUAUGAGUCCACAUCAAGUGAAGAGGAUGAGGAAGAGGAGGAAGAAGAUGGGAGUUCUUCUGGAGAAAGUGGAGAAGGCGAGUGCUUGGACAGUACAGAGGAGGAUGAGGCUGCUCUGGAGGAAGAAACAUCUGAGGAGGAAAGAAACGUCAACUUGGACGAAACUGACACAGAUGAGGAAACUCUGAGAGCAGAAAAUUAUUCAUCUGAUGGUGUGAAAGAGAAGUUUGAGCUAAGCUCAAAAAUGCGUGAAGCCUGCCUCAUUCUGAAGAAUCACCUGAACGAUGACAUCAAAACACUGAAGAGUAAGGAAGUGCUCUCCAGCACUCACACCGUCCAGCUUGAGUGGUUUCGCAUCUCCAGUGCCAAAAUGGCUCAGCCAUCGCGGGUGUCGGACUACCUGAUGGCAUUCUCGGAGGUGUCUGCAACGCUGCUGGAGCAUGUAGUCAACAUGACCGAUGGCAACGGCAACACAGCUCUCCACUACAGUGUCUCACACUCCAACUUCAGUGUGGUGGGGCUGCUGCUGGACACAGGCAUGUGCUGUGUGGAUAAACAGAACAAGGCGGGCUACACGGCCAUCAUGCUGGCUGCUCUUUCUACAGUGAAGGAGGAGGAUGACAUGGCUGUGGUUAAGAAGCUCUUCAGUCAGGGCAAUGUCAACGCCAAAGCCAGCCAGGCCGGCCAGACAGCGUUGAUGCUAGCUGUUAGUCACGGUAGGCAGGAGAUGGUGCGGGCACUGCUGGAGUGUGGCGCCGACGUAAACGUGCAGGACGAUGAGGGAUCUACGGCGCUGAUGUGUGCCAGCGAACAUGGCCGAGCUGAAAUCGUCAAGCUGCUCCUGGAACAGCCUGGCUGCGACAUCUCCAUCAUUGAUAAUGAUGGCAGCAAUGCUUUGUCCAUUGCACUGGAGGCGUCUCACAACGACACAGCUGUGCUGCUCUACGCCCACAUGAACUAUGCAAAGACCCAGACUGCUUUGGGGAGUCCGAAGGCCCCGAGGAGCCCCACCAGCACCCACAAGCCUUGGCCUGCAGAGUGACAUUAGGCGGACAGACCAGCAAACAUAACUGGAUCUGAGCUGUGAAAAGCUCCACUGGAAUUUACUUAAAUAUAUAUGUAUUUAUAUAUUGCCAUAUGUCCUGCAUUUAUAAGUAUUGUUAAUAUGAGAAUAUUAUUUUUCCAUAAAAGUUGUGAAAGGUUAUAUUAUAUACUUGACUAAUAUGAGCUCCUAGCAUGUUUAAAUGAGGUCUCCGGCACUUGACAGGAGAUUAGACCUUACAUUUAUUAUUUGCACUCCACUAAUGUAUUUUAUUCUUAAGGGCAACACACAGCUGCGGUAUAUGAAGUACAUCAAAAAACAUGCACCCACUGUUUUCUAUGUACAUGCUUGUCAAGAUAUGCAUUUCCUAAUUCCCAGUGUCAACACUCCAGUAAAGCAACUAUUUUAUCAGUUGCUCCUUGGAUUGGCUGAACCCAGCUACUAUACUUUAACAACUUCUGCCUGUAUGGAGGGUCAGGUGUGUGCUAUGGACAUCAAAUGACACGGCGUGGCCGGUGUGUGUGUUGCCCUUUAGUCUUCCCUUUCUGUCCUGCCCUGGCUAACUGAUCUGUGAACCUCUUUGCCUCCGUAGUCUGCACUAACUGUCUGUUUAUUGUAUGUUCAUAUAAAUAUAUACAUAUAUAUAUAUAUUCAUGUCUGAAAUAAACAUAUUUACAUAAAUGUUGCAAAAUGGAUGUUUUUCUUUAACCUUACAAACUGUUUUCCAAAUAGAUAGGCAAUCUAAACUCACCACAGUUUCACCAGCUAGCUAAAAGGUAAGCAACAUUAGUUGUAUGAAUUACGUAAAGUUAAUUUUAUCUGUAUAGCCAAAUAUCACAAAUUUGCUUCAUGGGACUGUACACUCUGUACAGUAAUACAACAUUCUCUGUCCUUGGACCCUUGAUUUAGAUGAGAAAAAACUCUCCCUAAAAACCAUUUAACAGGGAAAAAAAUGAAAGAAACCUCAGAAAGAGCAAGAAAGGAGGGAUCCCUCCUCUAGGAUGGAUAGACUUGCUGUAGAUGUUGGGUGUAUGAAAUAGACUAAGAUAGUAAAAUU